CAACAUCCAACCUGUUUUUCUUUUCUUCAUUCACUUGGCCCUCCCAGCAGGCUGAAGACAGGUUUCUUCUUGCUCCACAAAGCUGAGGUGUUUGGACUGACGGGGCUGAAUCUGUUCCUGAGUAAGAAACUUUGCCAUAUCAACGCGGGAAGGCCGCAAGAACAUGCGCUGACUGUUUCAACGGAUUUCACUGAAGGAAUUUAAGCUGAUUUCCACAUAAAUUCACUCAAGAUGGUUAACAGCCGAAAACCGGAGCGUAAGCUGGGCAAGAAAGGUGCCACAAGAAUUGCUCGCGGGACCAGCAGAGGCCACAAGGGGGCGAAGGGCGUGGCCCAGCAGCAUUUGAAGAGCGUCGGAUCCGGAAACGCAUUGGAAGCCAACCACAGGGUGGGAAACAUGGAACCCCAAGAAAUAUCUGCCGGGCACAGCUCUCCCUCCAACACCAAAGGCUCCACAGUGCGUGUGGCUGGAGCCCCAUGGGGGCUUCAACUUGGCCCCAGAAGAGCUGUAGUUUACUGUGACCGCUGUCACAACCAUGGCAUCACUACCAAAAUCAAGGGCCAGGAGCAUAACUGCCUCUUCAAGGCCUGCCAGUGUCCCAAUUGUGUCUUCUUCUCGGGACCCCGCAAGGCUUCACCUUCUAUGACUCUGAAGAGGGAGCAAGGGAAAGAAAUAAAGGAGCAAGUGGCUCUAGGACUGAUCAAGAGCAUGACUGCUGCUCCCAAGCCUCCCCACCAUGUAAAGAAUUUGGCUGUGGGAGCAGGAGUUAACACUGGGAAUGUGAACAUCAUGCCCCAGACGCAGGCCUAUCCUUGCUACAUCUCCAAUCCGGGAAGAUCCACAGGGGUGAUUCUGCUGACCCAGUCAUCAGAACCUACAAUUCUGACCUGCGCUCCAGUGACCACAGAGCCACCACUGGUUCUUGCUAUUUCUGGGCAGCCCCAAGGGUCAACUCUUCUGCCUGCCACAUGUACGAGUCUGAUCCUUCAGCCAUGUGCCAACCCAGACCCUCAUCUACCGCAGCCACAGGCACCCAAAGACUGCGAUGCCGACGAGUGGCAGCGGAAGCUGGAGGCUGCUGAGGCACUAUUGGCUUUGAGAUAUUCAUGCCCAGCACCACCUGACCCCAUUCCUCCGGCUCAGCCCUGCAACCAGUCAGCACCAUCUGACCCCAUUCCUCAGGCUCAGCCCUGCAACCAAUCAGCACCACCUGACCCCAUUCCUCAGGCUCAGCCCUGCAAUCAGUCAGGCUCCCUGAAAGAGAACUCCAAAGAUGGUUUGGAUAGACCAUUCCAGCCUCUGGGGGCUUCUCGGCGCCCCAGGCCAGCCACAUCCAUCUCACUGUCUAUUGGCCAUAUAGGCUGCAUCUCUCUCUUGAGCUAGGAGACUAGCAGAUGGCACAUAUGUAGACCACUGCCUCUCUGAUAUUUUGUUUCUAAAUUGCAAAAUGUUUAGUGGAAAAUGCUGAUCAUAAUUUUUUAGAGAAGUCAGAUGUUUUAUAAGAUUGCAGACCCUUUUUAUUAUGUGGUCCAAUUCCCUGGUUGAGGGUGAAGACUAUCUGUAUAUAUCUUUCUUUCCCUUAUUUGGAUCAUCCUUUUGACAAACCUUGCAUAUUCAUUGAUUUAUAAGCAUUAUUUUGGCUUUUUGUCCAGUUUUAUACAUGU